AUGAGUGAGAAGUCAUGCAAUCGUUGUCUCAAUGAGUGUCACAAUUGUGUCCAUUUGUCUGAAGUCAUCGAAAGACUCAAACGUCAGAACCUAUUACUCAAAGACAAGCACUUGAUUUGCGGCCAACAGUUGCUUGCCUUCAAUCGCAUCCACGGCUUGUCCAUCGAGUGUAUCGAUGUCUUGGAGGCCAUCAUCUAUAGGUUGGACACCAGUUCUGUGGCUGAAGACUGUGUCGAUGUCAGUGACGGCAACGAUAGCUACGGAAGCGAUGCCAUUGCAGACCCGGAAGACGGGCGAGCGGUUGAAUCGGCGCCGGAAUCGCCACUCAAACCAGAAUCCGAUGAUAAGCCAGAAGUGGUGUCGGAGUUUGAGACCAUUCCAGACCCCGGUGUCGAUGAUGGCCAGGAAGUGGUUGCCGUCGACGGCGAUGCCAUACCUGUUCCCGAAGCCAGCGAACCAACUGUCGAUGAGUUGAAGCAAAAGUAUUACAACAUUUGCCACGAUUUGGACGAUUGGGUCAAACAAUUGGACGCUUUGAAGGGUAUUCAGAGUUAUCCGCGCUUUCAGUGCCAGAAGUAUGCGGACACACCAUCGCCGGUACAGCCGUCCCAUAGUCAGCCCAUUAGACGGCCGCCCAUUGAGUACCAGUCCGGCGGCUUCACAGAGGAGAGAAUUUUCUUCAAGAAGUUAUCGUCGGCUGAGAUCCAAAGACUGACAAACAGUAGUCCAAAAGUGAUCACAAAAAGUGUAUCAAAGAGUCCGCCGAAGGAGAGAACAAAGUGUCGGUUCCCUGACUGCCGGUUCGUUACGAGGAGAGGACAGUUGGGUAUCAGUGAACACGUGAAAGAAAUGCACGUCAAUAGCGUGGACACGGAUACCGGUUCUUCUAGUUUGCACUGUCCGUACCCUAACUGCCAAUACGUGACAAAAUCGGGACACAGUUUGAAGAAGAAUCUCACGAAACACAUCCAGAGGUUGCAUAAGAUUAAGUCAUUAAAUACAGUGAAACCGGGGUUUAGUGGCCAACAAAAGGGAACUACACUCUUGAAUAAGAAAAAGACAUUGAGUUGCACUUAUAGCGGGUGCCACUUCUCGACCAUUUAUGGCACUCAUAAUUUGAAUCGACACGUUAUGUCAGUUCACUGCAAACAACAUCCCAUUACCACCGGAUCAGUCACUCCACUAAAAGCUGACAUUAAAGUCAACAAUAUUGGGAAGUCUACCAAAAGCGGCGGUAAGACUACCGGUGCGCCGUUGAGGUGUACUAAAUGUAGUUUUAUGACUCGACACGGAUUCGCGAAACUCCGAAACCAUAUGAUAAUACAUAACCGAGAGCUGGCCUUCAAGUGCACGCAAUGUGACGCCAGUUUCGCCUCCAAUAAGCCCCUCUUUAAGCAUAAGAGGUCUGUCCACAAAUCAACGGCUCCCGUAAGGGCUGCCAAAAGGGAUUACAAGAAUGAGUGCGACGUUUGUCAUCAGCUCUUUAAAUGGCCGUCAGAUAUGCGAAGACAUCGACGCAAACAUGAGAUCAACGAUGAGUCGAAAGUGGAGACGCCUAACAGCCGGGACGCGGAGGACGGGCAGAGUGUUUGGUAUCACGAGUGCUCGCACGAGAACUGCCACUUCAAGACCGACCGGUUGGGCGUACUUCAGAAGCAUGUCAUCAGUCAUAUCGUCAAAAAAGAAAGGGAUAUCAAUACUGACGAACCCAUUGAUACAAAUACAGCCAUUAAAUCUGAAUUAUCAUGCAAUCGUUGUCUCAAUGAGUGUCACAAUUGUGUCCAUUUGUCUGAAGUCAUCGAAAGACUCAAACGUCAGAACCUAUUACUCAAAGACAAGCACUUGAUUUGCGGCCAACAGUUGCUUGCCUUCAAUCGCAUCCACGGCUUGUCCAUCGAGUGUAUCGAUGUCUUGGAGGCCAUCAUCUAUAGGUUGGACACCAGUUCUGUGGCUGAAGACUGUGUCGAUGUCAGUGACGGCAACGAUAGCUACGGAAGCGAUGCCAUUGCAGACCCGGAAGACGGGCGAGCGGUUGAAUCGGCGCCGGAAUCGCCACUCAAACCAGAAUCCGAUGAUAAGCCAGAAGUGGUGUCGGAGUUUGAGACCAUUCCAGACCCCGGUGUCGAUGAUGGCCAGGAAGUGGUUGCCGUCGACGGCGAUGCCAUACCUGUUCCCGAAGCCAGCGAACCAACUGUCGAUGAGUUGAAGCAA